UAAAUAAUCAACCUCAGACUUCUCAACUUCAUGCACUUACCCAUUUUCAAAAACGCUAACACCUUCAUUCAUAUAUAGAUAAAUUUAUUGUCACAUUAAUUCUUUCUCGGCAUUCUGCUUCUAUCAUGGCGAAAAAUGUGGCUCAUUCCCCUCUAGAGAGAAAUAGUCUGGCUUCACUGGACCAGAAACUUUCCAUGGCGAAGCGUUGUGGUCUUGAGGGCGUUGUCGCCGGGGCAAAAGCGGCCGUUGUGGCGACUAUUGCUACUGCAAUUCCUACUUUUGCUAGUGUGAGGUCGCUUCCUUGGGCCAGAGCUAACCUCAACCCCACCGCUCAAGCUCUCAUCAUCUCUACAGUGGCCGGUUCAGCAUACUUUAUAGUUGCAGACAAGACUGUUUUGGCCACUGCAAGGAGGAACUCAUUCAAGGGAUACCAACCCUGACUUAGCUUUGUGGUUGGAAGCUUGGAGUCGAAACGUCUUCCAGAUUUUCUCUCUUUUACUUGGUUAGAUUAGAAAAUUGUAACGGGUUGCUUUGUUGCAUGUAAAUCUAAGGUCUAUGUAAUGGGUUUCACAUUUUGCAAUGUUAUCACUACUCUGUAUUAUCUUCUAUUA